AGGCCUUUUUGUGUCCUGUUUGCUAAAGGCAUGCGGGCUACAGCAUUCAAGAGAGCUGGUCGUUAACAAAGGGAAAGAGAUAAAUGUAAAUAAGCUCACAUUUUCAGAAUGAGCGGUUUGCAGUAAGAAGCUGCGGCAGCCCAGAGUCUGCUACUUUAGACUGGGCUAACCUUUCCCUGAGGAAAAAAAAAAAAAUGGAUAAAAAUAUGCACUCCCAAAGGGCGAGUUGCCCAUUUACAUGUUUAUUAGCUAAUUAUCUACAGGCAUCAGCACAUUCUCUCAUCUAGCACACUCUUUCUUGGGGAGGAAAAUAUUUUCUACUGAUCCCUAGUGUCAGAGUGGUGAACCCCUGCAGCCAGCAGGCCUCCUGAAAAAAAAGUCCAUGGGUGACAGAAGAUUCAUUGACUUCCAAUUCCAAGAUUCAAAUUCAAGCCUCAGACCCAGGUUGGGCAAUGCUACUGCCAAUAAUACUUGCAUUGUUGAUGAUUCCUUCAAGUAUAAUCUGAAUGGUGCUGUCUACAGUGUUGUAUUCAUCCUGGGUCUGAUAACCAACAGUGUCUCUCUGUUUGUCUUCUGUUUCCGCAUGAAAAUGAGAAGUGAGACCGCUAUUUUUAUCACCAAUCUAGCCCUCUCUGAUUUGCUUUUUGUCUGUACCCUACCCUUCAAAAUAUUUUACAACUUCAACCGCCACUGGCCAUUUGGUGACACCCUCUGCAAGAUCUCUGGGACUGCAUUCCUCACCAACAUCUAUGGGAGCAUGCUCUUUCUCACCUGUAUUAGUGUGGAUCGUUUCCUGGCCAUUGUCUAUCCCUUCCGAUCUCGUACUAUUAGGACUAGGAGGAAUUCUGCCAUUGUGUGUGCUGGUGUCUGGAUCCUAGUCCUCAGUGGUGGUAUUUCAGCCUCUUUGUUCUCCACCACUAAUGUCAACAAUGCAACCACCACCUGCUUUGAAGGCUUCUCCAAACGUGUCUGGAAGACUUAUUUAUCCAAGAUCACAAUAUUUAUUGAAGUUGUUGGGUUUAUCAUUCCUCUGAUAUUGAAUGUCUCUUGCUCUUCUGUGGUGCUGAGAACUCUUCGCAAGCCUGCUACUCUUUCUCAAAUUGGAACCAAUAAGAAAAAAGUUCUGAAAAUGAUCACAGUACAUAUGGCAGUCUUUGUGGUGUGCUUCGUACCCUACAACUCUGUCCUCUUCCUAUAUGCCCUGGUGCGCUCCCAAGCUAUUACUAAUUGCUUUUUGGAAAGAUUUGCAAAGAUCAUGUACCCAAUCACCUUGUGCCUUGCAACUCUGAACUGUUGUUUUGACCCUUUCAUCUAUUACUUCACCCUUGAGUCCUUUCAGAAGUCAUUCUACAUCAAUACCCACAUCAGAAUGGAGUCCCUGUUUAAGACUGAAACACCUUUGACCACAAAGCCUUCCCUUCCAGCUGUUCAAGAGGAAGUGAGUGAUCAAACAACAAAUAAUGGUGGUGAAUUAAUGUUAGAAUCCACCUUUUAGGCAUGUGAAUUGUGUUCAGGUCCAGAUAUGGUUUCUCCUAUAAUUUUUCUUAUGCUAUAAACUAAAGAUUUGAAGCUAAGAUACUGAGAAGAAUGCACCAAAUAUAGUCAGAUACAUUUGUUUGAAGGUAUACUGUACAUUUUUAUUGCUGUUUUGUUCAGUAAUUAUAGGUCAAGUCUAAUUACAACAACCAAGAUGGAUUUCCAAACUCUUUUGCUUGGUUGGAAUUUCAUUGUAUCACAUUAUGCAGGUGGCCAGUGACAUUUGAUAAUAUGGAGAUGACUUUGAAACUUUCAAAAAGGUAUUUCCAUUCCAAUGAUACCUGGUAAUUGGGUUGGGCCUAUAAAUAUAGAACAAAUUCAGGGAUUUUUUAAAAAAUUGUGUUACUACUGAUAUAUGCUAGGUUUAAAAUUUUUUUUUGAAUUGUUGUUGAGUUUAUUUUAGCACAAGAAUAUUUUUAGCCUAAUAUUAUUAACAUGAAAUGUAUCUAAAUUUUAACAUUGGUAAAAUACAUUAUGUGCAUUUCGAAAACAGAAAAUAAAUUGUGUUGUCAUGUAUGUGGGUGGGAAUAAAGAGAAAAUAAACAGUAUUUACACAUUUAUAAUCAUCGGCAGUGUGAGUUUUAAAAACUUCAUUGUUUUAACACUACAUUAAAAUUUUCAUGUGAAACUUCAAAGCCAGAAAGCUGCUGAAUAUAUAUCUGGCAGGUAAAAGCUGGAAAAUUACUUAAAACAACCAAAUGUCAAUAAAAAAAACUUGAGCAACACCAAUACUUUUUGUUCUUAAAAUGUCAAAUUAUCUUCAUUUUGGGAAACUAGGUUCUAUAAAAUAUUUAUCCUCUAUAUUAUAUGUUGGAGAACAGCACAGCCAGAAAGGGGCUGCAUUUGUGCUCAGGUCAGGAGCAAAUUGAAAAAAAUAAAACAAAGUAAUACAAAAAAAUCAAACUGUAAACUUGAAAUAUUUAUUAAAACCUGAAUUAAUCAUUUUUGGAGGGAGGAGUAGAGAUAUAUGACCAGAAAAUACUUAUUCUUUCUUAUCAAAUUUUGGAGCAUAAUAUAGCCAGGGGCUGCUGUAUUUGUGCCCUCAGACUGGAAGCUAAUUAAGAAAAAAAAACCAACACAUUAAUCAAAGCAAA